CAUCACGUGCUCCCGCCGCCGAGGGUCAUAUGAUCCACAGCCAAACCCUGAGCCGGUCCGUGAGGAAAAGCCGCGGUUGGUGCCUAACCCGUUGGGGUGUGGCUGUAGGUGCUGUCCCACUGGCAGAGUAACGGAGCCCCACGGGCCGCGGGCUGGGCUGGGCUGGGCUGGGCUGGCUGUGUGUGAGGCCGUGGGGGGUGGCAGGCCGGGCACUGCCCGUUGUGGGGAGAUGGCUCACUGCGAUGUGAUGGUGAACAGUGACCGGAGCGACUGGGUCCUGAGCGAGGAGGAGGAGAGCAAGCUGCUGCCGGGCGCUGUUGCUGAGUCCCGGGGGCAUGGCCCUGGCAAGCCUGGCGGGGACACCUCUACCCUUGGGGCUGUGUUUAUCGUGGUGAAUGCCGCGCUGGGGGCCGGCUUGCUCAAUUUCCCCUACGCCUUCUACAUGGCGGGAGGGGUGGCAGCCGGCAUUGGCCUGCAGAUGGCUCUGCUGGUGUUUAUCGUGGGGGGGCUGCUGGUGCUCGCUCACUGCUCAAGGCUCAGCGGGGAGACCACCUACCAGGAGGUGGUGCGGGCGGUCUGCGGCCCCGUCACCGGCACCAUCUGCGACAUCCUCAUCGUCAUCUAUACCUUCGGCACCUGCAUCGCCUUCCUCAUCAUCAUCGGGGACCAGCUGGAGAAAAUAAUUUCUGCCCUGGAGCUUGUGGCAGGAGGAGACACCAACAGCCAUUGGUACAGCGAUCGGAAAUUCACCAUCUCCCUGACCUCCAUCCUCCUCAUCCUCCCGCUCUCCAUCCCCAAGGAGAUCGGCUUCCAGAGAUACGCCAGUGCUCUCAGUGUGAUGGGAACAUGCUAUGUAACCAGUGUGGUCAUCAUCAAAUACAUCCGGCCUGACCAAGAUCUCGUCCCUGGGGACAUCCCCACCAGCCCCACCUGCUGGACCGCGGUGUUUAAUGCCAUGCCCACCAUCUGUUUUGGUUUCCAG